GUCAAUUGACAGCUGACAUUUGUUUGUUUGGAAUAUUGUUUUCGGGUUAGCUCUGCGCCACGAAAAUCAUACGCUGCUAUUAUAAUUGUUAAUUACGAGCUAAUACCUGAUAAUUCGGCUAAUAAUACUCCAGCAUGGGUUCAACGUUGGAUAUUGAUCCAACAUUCAAGCACGCGCUGAAACUGCUCCACUCACCCCAUUCAGAUGCGACGGAAAAAAUACGUAAUCUACUAGACGAGCUCAUCAAGCAACGGUAUGGUAGUGGAAAAACGCUCAUUAACACCCUUAGUAAGAAACACCUGGCCGAGGAACCGUUGGCGGGAGGAAGCAAUCUUUACGUACGAAAGCAGAAGGUGAUUGAACCAAAACCCAUACCCAUCAUCAAUGUAGAUCCGGAUCCGGAACCGAUUGCGAGCGGUACGAUCGAGUGUAUAGUAAGUGCACCGGAAGCGCUGACCAUACCACCGAUGUCGUCUGGCUCGAUCUUGAUCUCCACAUCCGACCUGGAGGGCAACGACGAAGAUGAUGAUGUCGUCAUGGAGGAAGAUAAGCUGAAGGAACUGGAAGACUUGAUGUGUGUGGUGUGUCGCUUAAUGGAUGUUAGUGCCCGAAACAGGUUGGUCGAAUGUGCCGAUUGUCACGCUCUAUAUCAUCAGGACUGCCACAAGCCUGUUAUUUCGGAGGUAGAUGCUAACGACGAGGAGAAUGCGUGGUAUUGUACCAUGUGCCGCAACAAGCAGACGAUCAACAAGGUUUUGACUACUGCGUUGGUAGCUACGCCACCGAUUACUAUAGCAUCGUCACCGUCGCCUACUAUUAGCAGUUCAUCGUCAAAGUCAGCGUCACAUACGAAAAGUGGCAGCAGCAAAUCGGCCGAAUCUUCGUCCAGCUCGGGUUCAUCAAGCGGUAGCAAGCACAAGUCGUCCAAAAGCGGAAGUAAAUCGUCCGAUUCAUCGCAUGAGCGUGAUAGGGACCGUGACCGUGACCGCGGUGAACGAGAUCGAGACCGGGAACGAGAUCGUGACCGCGAUCGUGAUCGUGAUCGCGACCGUGAUAGAGAUCGCGAACGGUCAUCCAAAUCUUCGUCGGCCAGUGGUGGAGGUGGUUCGUCCUCAUCCAGCAGCGCUGGUAAUGCUGCCUCCGGUACCGGUAAUUCCGUUGGCACACCGAGCAUAAACAUAAUCAGUGCCGAUAAGCGACUGCAAAUGAUGAAGAAAAAGGCUGCCAAAAUGCAAGACAGCAAACGCAAGCAUAAAUAGGUAAAACUUUCGGCGUUCCAUUCCAGAUCGUACAUGAGGUGAAAAACACAUUACAAGAUUAAGGAAUGAUCAUAAAUCCAUUAUUUACUAAAAGUUAAACACUUCA